AACCACGUUGUCUAAUUAAAAACAAAGAGUAAUAUAAUAAUGUUGUCUAAUUGAAAAUCAAAGUGCUAUAUAACCACGUUGUCUAAUUGAAAAGAAUGUGCUAUAUAACCACGUUGUCUCAUUGAAAAACAAAGUGUUAUAUAACCACGUUGUCUUAUUGAAAACAAAGUGUUGUAUAAACACGUUGUUUAUUUGAAAAGAAAGUGAUAUAUAACAACGUGUCAAAUUAGAAACAAUGUGCUAUAUAACCACGUGUGUAAUUGAAACAUGGCAUUUUAUGUGUGUUGCGACUUCAAAUCAAUCAGUUUCAUGUUAUGGAUAAAUAUGGAUAAAUAUUGAUGUCAUUUUAGGCCUUUUUUAUUCUGAACACAUUGAGCAAAUGAAUGGUGGAGAUAUAAAAAUGAAGAAUACUUUGCUUGGACUAGUUUUACUUUUAUGUGACACAGUUCUAGCAUUGAAUGAAUGUGGCUGGUGUAACUGUUGUAUAAAUGGUACUUCAAGAUGUGAAUACAACAUCAAUGUAGACGCUGUUUGCUUGGAUGGUUGUAUUGACGGGUAUCAUAGUGACAGUUGUAUACAUGCUUGUAGUAACAAUUGUGUGACAUGUUCUGGUGUAAGCAGUUGUAACACAUGCAAAAAUGGCUACUAUAUUGGUCGUAAUCCUGAUAAUAAUCAAUAUAAAGACGAUUGUAGUUUAUCGUGCUCAGACAACUGUAUUUCAUGCGCUUCAUAUUUUAACUGUAGCAUAUGCAAUGAUGGAUAUUACAAUGGGAGACAAUACCCAUCCAGCGAUGUUGUAACCUACAACUGUCGACAUGCUUGCAGUAAUAAUUGUGCAACAUGUUCUGAUGUAAGCACAUGUCACACGUGCAAAUAUGGCUACUAUAUUGGUCGUAAUCCGGAAAGGAAUCAAUAUAAAGAUGAUUGUAGUUUAUCGUGCCCAGACAACUGUAUUUCAUGCACUUCAUAUUUAUCUGUAGUAUAUGCAAUGAUGGAUAUUACAAUGGGAGACAAUACCCAUCCAGCAAUGUUGUAACCUACAACUGUCAACAUAAAUGUAGAAAUAAUUGUAUAUCAUGUACAUCGUACGAUGUUUGCACACAAUGUAAAAAUGGGUUUACAGGUGAUCUAUGUGAGACAUGUGAGGUAGGAAAGUACGGAUGCGUUGAUUCUUGUUCUGUAGGUUGUGAAAAUAAAAACUGUACUUAUACUGGGGAAUGCCCAAGCUGUAAGGAGGGGUUUACCGGGGUUAAAUGUGAUAGAUGCAUCGACGGUAAGUUCGGGAAUCUCUGUGACCAAAACUGUCCACUUACCUGUUUAGCAUGUUAUUCAAUGACAAGUUGUUCCGCAUGUAUUGAAAAGCACUGGGGAAACAGCUGUCAACAAUGUCCCACAAACUGUUUAAAUUGCUCUUCCAAUAACAUUUGCUCAUCAUGUGAGAAAGGAUUCCAUGGACAAAUAUGUAAUAAACAAUGCAAUGUUAACUGCCUUCAUGGUCGCUGUGACCUAUUGUCUGGAAACUGCAAUGACGGAUGUGUCGCUGGCUUUUACGGGAACCUUUGUGAUAUGAAAUGCGGCAAUGACUGUGUGAAUUUAACAUGUGACAGAGUACAUGGGACUUGCAAGACAGGACACAACGCUAUAAAUUCGGCGACUGGAAAUGAAGACACUAAAGGAGUAAUAAUAGGUGCUGCGGUAGGUGGUUGCAUUCUUUUGAUAAUAAUAGUGGUACUUGUUGCUGCUGUGGUCCUCCUGGCAAGAAGACUCAAAAGAUUAGAGAAUAGCAGAACUCCUUUGGAAUCCAAUAAAGACCUGGGCUACUACAACAUUAAUAAUGCCUUUGUUGGGGCCAAUACUGACACAGACACGAGACAAGCUGACGUUAUCCAACCUACAACUGUGUAUGAAAGUUUAACCACUGCUUGUUCAAACCGGUUCGCUGAUUAUAGUUCUCUACAGCUACAGGAUGUGCCGACAUCAGAAUUGCCGAAUGAUCACACAGUCAAAUUAGAUCCUGGAGUCCAAUACUACAAUGUAUCGGCAAAAUAAAGAAGUGUAAUUUUUGUAUGGAAAUUAACUAAUUGACAAAGAA